AUGCGUGAAUCGCAAAUCCCGCUGCAGCCUCUGACCCCGUUGACCCGCGGCUAUCUCGCAGCAUCGAGUGACAAUCGCCAGCCAUUAUGCGGUAACAGUGAAGGAUGGGGCCCACUGAGCCCUGACCGGUUCGAUUUCACACCAUGCUUCCUCGAUGUCUGGAUAGCUGUCGUGGCCGUGUUUGGCAUCGUCGGAGGCGUUGCUGCUUUGUGGUAUCUGUUCAACAAGUGUUCGAGUCAACCAGUCAAGAAGAAUUGGCAUUUCUACGCAAAGCUGGCCGCUAUUGAAGCCCUUGUCGUGACCGUCGCUUUGCAAGCCGCGCUUCAAAUUGAAUACUAUCCGGGCGUCUGGGCCGGCGAUUUCAGGUUCUGGACUACGAUCCUCACAAUACUCUCCCUUUCUGUCAUCUUCUACGUCCAAUAUACUGAGCACUGGAGAUCGAGGAACGCUAAUGGCGUUGUCCUCUUCUACUGGUUACUCUUCUUGAUCGCCGAAGGGGUCAAAUUGCGUUCGCUGGUGUCCCAGCAACUGCACCGCACCCAUGUAGCCUACUUCGUCGUUUUCACGGUCGGUGUAGGGCUGGCGGCCGUAGAGUUCCUCCUCGAGUGGCUGGUGCAGAAGCGGUUGAGUGACUACGACGCGCUUGGAGACGAUGACGAGUGCCCUUACGAGUAUGCAAACGUCUUCAGUGUAUUGACCUUUAGCUGGAUGACUCCGCUGAUGAAGCGCGGUUACAAAACCUUCCUUACUCAGGACGAUCUGUGGAACCUCAGAAAACGCGACACCACCAAGGCAACCGCUACCUCAUUCGAAAAAGCGUGGCGGCAAGAGGUGAAGAAGAAGCACCCGUCGCUAUGGCUAGCACUGUUUCGCGCGUUUGGUGGACCAUACAUCCGAGGAGGUGUCAUCAAAACCGCAAGCGACGUUCUCUACUUCGCUCAGCCCCAGUUGCUCAGGCUCUUAAUCAAGUUUGUGGCGUCGUACGACACCGACCACCCCCAACCCGUCGCGCGGGGUGCAGCCAUCGCUCUCUCCAUGUUCGCCGUCUCGGUUACACAGACGGCAUGUCUGCACCAGUACUUUCAACGUGCCUUCGAGACGGGAAUGCGAAUCAAAUCUGCGCUGACUGCGGCUAUCUAUGCCAAAGCUACCCGCCUCUCAAAUGAGGGGAGAGCAACCAAAUCGACCGGAGACAUUGUUAAUUACAUGGCUGUGGAUACGCAGCGUCUGCACGAUCUAGCCCAAUAUGGGCAACAGUUAUGGUCCGCUCCCUUCCAAAUCAUCCUUUGCAUGCUUUCCUUGUAUCAGUUGCUAGGAUACAGCAUGUUCGCUGGUGUCGGCGCCAUGAUCAUCAUGAUUCCGGUCAAUGGGUGGAUUGCGCGGUUCAUGAAGACGCUUCAGAAAGAGCAGAUGCAGAAUAAGGACGCAAGGACGAGACUUAUGACGGAAAUCUUGAACAACAUGAAGUCCAUCAAGCUAUACGCGUGGACGACUGCCUUCAUCAACAAGCUUAACCAUAUCCGCAACGACCAGGAACUGAGAACACUGCGAAAGAUCGGAGCCGCGCAGGCAUUCUCACAGUUCACGUGGUCCACGACCCCAUUUUUGGUAUCUUGCUCAACCUUUGCCGUCUUCGUCUUCACCCAGGACAAGCCAUUGACGACUGACAUCGUGUUUCCGGCUCUUACCCUGUUCAAUCUUCUAACGUUCCCGCUGGCGAUCCUCCCGAUGGUGAUUACUUCGAUAGUAGAAGCAAGCGUGGCAGUUGGCCGCAUCACCAGUUUUUUCCUCGCCGAGGAACUGCAGGACGAUGCGGUUCUUCGCGAGGACGGCGAUGUUGAAGUCGGUGAUGAAACUGUCCGUAUUCGUGAGGCCGCUUUCACUUGGAACAAAAACGAGGAGCGUCUGGCUCUGCAAGAUAUUAACUUUUCGGCACAUAAGGGAGAGUUGUGCUGUAUUGUGGGUCGCGUAGGCUCGGGCAAGUCCUCCCUACUGCAGGCAGUCCUUGGUGAUCUAUGGAAGAUCAGGGGCGAAGUCGUCGUACGGGGAAGGACUGCUUAUGUUCCACAACAGGCCUGGGUUAUGAAUGCCUCUGUGCGUGAGAACAUCGUCUUUGGCCAUCGAUGGGAUCCACAAUUCUACGAGAGGACUGUCAAGGCUUGCGCUCUCCGCGAUGAUUUUGCAUCUCUGCCUGAUGGCGAUCAAACGGAGGUGGGUGAACGCGGGAUCUCUCUAUCUGGGGGUCAAAAAGCUAGACUCACCCUCGCCAGAGCUGUUUAUGCUCGCGCUGAUGUCUACCUCCUCGAUGAUUGUUUAUCUGCAGUGGACCAGCAUGUUGGCCGCCAUUUGAUCGACAACGUGUUUGGCCCGAAAGGGAUAUUGGCUGGGAAAACGCGAAUCCUUGCCACCAAUUCUAUACCCGUCCUCAUGGAAGCUGACAUGAUAUCUCUCCUGCGAGAUGGUAGGAUCAUCGAGAGAGGCACUUACGGCCAACUCAUGGCCAUGAAGGGGGAGAUUGCAAAUCUUAUCAGAGCUUCACAGGCGGAAGAUCAGUCGGAAUCCGAGAGCAAGGCCUCCGAAAGCGUCAUGAGUGAUGAGGAAAACACCAUCUACGGCACCAGCCCAACUUCCGACGAAGGACAAAACCGUGAGGACGCUGAAGCCGCGCAAGAGAACAUUGCUCAGCUGGCACCCUUGACCGCAGGGAACGGGAGGGCCCGUAAUUCCAGCUUCCAUACGCUCCGCCGCGCGAGCACCGCCAGUUUCAAGGGGCCUCGCGGCAAGACGCUCGACGAAGAAGGCGGAUUGAAGAGCAAACAAACCAAGGAAUUCUCUGAGCAGGGUAAAGUAAAGUGGUCUGUCUACAAGGAGUAUGCGAAGACUAGCAAUCUGGCGGCCGUUGCCAUCUACCUUGCGCUCCUGAUCGGCGCCCAAACAGCAUCAGUUGGCGGCAGUGUGUGGCUCAAGAAGUGGUCGGACACCAAUCAGAAGUACGGGAGCAACCCUCAUGUCGGCAAGUUCAUCGGCGUGUACUUUGCCUUUGGUGUCGGAUCCGCUGCUCUCGUCGUUUUCCAGACGCUCAUACUGUGGAUCUUCUGUUCGAUCGAGGCAAGCAGAAAGCUCCAUGAGCGGAUGGCGUUUGCCAUCUUCCGCUCUCCAAUGAGCUUCUUUGAAACGACCCCCGCGGGACGCAUUCUCAACCGCUUUUCCAGUGACAUCUACAAGGUGGAUGAAGUCUUGGCCAGAACAUUCAACAUGUUAUUCGUCAAUUCUGCCAGAGCCUUUUUCACCCUGGCGAUUAUAUCUGCAAUGGCGCCGAUAUUUGUGACGCUCAUCAUACCCCUCGCUGCGCUCUACCUCUAUAUACAGAGAUACUACCUGAGGACAUCUAGAGAGUUGAAGCGUCUUGACAGUGUCAGUCGCAGCCCCAUCUAUGCUCAUUUCCAGGAGUCUCUGAGUGGCAUGAGCACAAUCCGUGCCUAUCGCCAGCAGAAGCGAUUUGAGCUGGAGAACGAGUGGCGCGUAGAUGCAAACUUGAGGGCGUAUUUCCCUUCGAUCAACGCGAACAGAUGGCUUGCAGUCCGACUGGAGUUCAUCGGCUCCGUCAUCAUCCUGGCAGCGGCAGGAUUUGCCAUCAUCUCGGUCACUAGCCGGAGCGGUUUGUCCGCUGGCUGGGUCGGCUUGGCCAUGUCCUACGCCCUCCAAAUUACACAGAGUCUGAACUGGAUUGUACGGCAGACGGUGGAAGUGGAAACGAACAUUGUCUCCGUGGAACGGGUCCUUGAAUACGCGGCGCUGCCCAGCGAAGCUCCUGAAAUCAUCUCCAAGAACAGACCGCCCAUAAGUUGGCCGUCCCAGGGCGCAGUGUCCUUCAACAACUACAGCGCUCGUUAUCGCCCGGGCCUCGACCUGGCUUUGAAGAACAUUAACCUCCAGAUCCAUGCCCACGAGAAGGUUGGUGUUGUUGGAAGAACUGGGGCUGGCAAAAGCUCCCUGACUUUGGCAUUAUUCCGAAUCAUCGAGCCAUCUGAAGGCUUCGUGAGCAUUGACAACCUAAACACUAGUACUAUCGGGCUGUUGGACCUUCGUAGACGCCUGGCCAUCAUCCCCCAAGAUGCGGCUUUGUUCGAGGGCAGUGUGCGGGACAAUUUGGAUCCUGGCCACAUUCACGACGACACCGAGUUAUGGAGCGCUUUAGACCAUGCACGACUGAAAGAUCACGUCGCUAGUAUGCCAGGGAAGCUGGAUGCUCGUGUGAAUGAAGGAGGUUCCAACCUGAGCGCUGGACAGAGGCAGCUCGUUUCGUUGGCGCGAGCACUUCUCGCGCCAAGCAACAUUCUGGUACUCGAUGAAGCAACUGCCGCCGUGGAUGUGGAGACAGACGCAAUGCUCCAGGCCACGUUAAGGAGUAGCAUGUUCCGUAACCGUACGAUCAUCACCAUUGCUCACAGGAUCAACACCAUUCUCGACUCGGACCGCAUCAUCGUGCUGGACCGCGGCACUGUUGCUGAGUUCGACACGCCGGCUGAACUGGUGCGCCAGAGGGGACUCUUCUACGAGUUGGUGAAGGAGGCAAACCUGCUGAACGCACUGGACGUUGCACAGUCAUGA